GUAUAUGAAAAAGUAAAUAAUAUGGAGUAAAAUAUCAGAGUUUUUCCACAGGAAGCCCGUCAYGUCGGGAGCUUUGGAUUUUUGUUACUAUAGCAACAGGCCAUACAUAACAGCUCAUUCUCGCCAUUUUGUCUUCAAUUCAAUGAUCGCUCUGAGUUGAGUCAAGAUUAAACCUAAAAUAAGGACUUCAAACUAUUAAAACACAAGAAAUAUAGUCRAUAACAACACCAUGGAGGAAAAAUUGAAAGAUGUGAAGGCUUUUCUGAUGAAAACCAGUAGCAUUUCCAACAAAAAUCUAUAUGAUCAUCUAAGCGAUGUACUUUGUAAAAUAUUAGACGAAAGACCAAGCAACUGCGUUGAUGUUUUUGAAGAUUACAGUCAAGAAAUUAAAAAAGGGAACAAAGAAAAAGAAGAGGAUGAAAGUGCAAAAGCUCAAGAUAAACAGACAGCUGAAAUGCAACAAAAGUUGUUUGAGAAAGAGGGGGACGGAGAAGGAGGGGAAGCAGAGAACGAAGAGGACAUGGAGACACCCCUCCCUGACCUGAUGAACCUUGAGUUCUAUUUUGAACAAGCAGGAAUUGGCUUGAGUAGAGAAGAGAUGUUUAGAGUAUUUUUAGCUCUCAAGCAGCUGGUUUUUACCAAGCCAUUACAGAGUGUGCGCUUCUGGGGUAAAAUAUUUGGUAUUGAAAAUAAUUACUACAUAGCAGAAGUGGAAUACCGGGAAGGAGAGGAAGAAGAAGAAGAGGAGGAAGAAGAGGGAGAAGGAGAAGGUGAAGGUGAAAAGGAUGAAGACAAGAAUGAAGAUGAUGAAGAAGGAGGUGAAGAGGAUGACACACCAAAGUCAGAGUGGAAGCCCCCRGCUCCCAUUCCUAAGGAAGAGAACAGAGUAGGGACCAACAAGAAAGUGUACUUUGUCACCACUGAACCUGGAAAACUUUGGGUCAAGCUUCCACCUGUCACCCCUGCACAAAUCACAAUAGCAAGACAGAUCAAGAAGUUCUUUACAGGAAGACUUGAUGCUCCUAUUUCCAGCUACCCACCAUUUCCAGGAAAUGAAAGCAAYUAUCUUCGCGCACAGCUGGCCAGGAUAACAGCUGGUUGUAGCAUCAGCCCUGCAGGGUAUUACAUGUUUGAGGAAGAAGAAGAAGAGGAGGAUGAAACGGAGGAAAGGGAUUCCUACAUUCUGAACACAGAAUUUGAAGGCAUUAAGGUCGAUGUAUAUGGCACAAUCCCGUUGAGAAAUCUGAAGAUGAAUUCGAAGAAGAAGAUGAGGAAGAGGAGAAAGAAGCUGCUGAUGAGCCCAAGAGAGAGACUGGGCCUUCACUUCUAACGUCUGUCUCCGACGACGAAUCUGUGAAUGGAAUGCCUGCUUGGACACCCUCAUUGUCAUCUGAGGUUCUUCCUCGGUACGCUUUGGCAGUGAUGAGAUCUAACAGAUGGCCAGGAAGCUAUGCGUUUGCUAAAGACAGGAAAUUUGAAAAUAUUUACAUCGGAUGGGGACACAAAUACGAUGCAGACAACUACACCCCUCCCCCUCCCCCAGAGUUAAUGAAAGAGUACCCUGUCUUACCGGAAGUAACGGAAAUAGACGACCCAACAGUGGAAGAGGAGAGGGCUUUAAAGAAAGCGCAAGAAGAAGCAGUGGAAGCAGCUGAGGAGAUGGAAGACAUGGACGACGAUGAUGACGAUGAUUAAAUCUACACAAUUAAUUUUUAUAUGUAAAGUAGAAUCAUUUUAUGAUGUCACUCGUUGCGGAACGAUAUAUUUAAUGUACAGUUUAUUUUGUAAAAAAUAUACCUAGACGAAUAUGAAAGAGUGUAAUUUUCUGAAAGUGAAAUAAUUUCUUCAGUUGCUUGAAACAAAUUUGGAAUAAUAUAUACUUGUGCUUAUUAAAAAGAACUAGACGCAUAUCUGCGUGUACUCGGGCUUCAUAGCAGAAAAUCGAAAAAAUUCUUGGUGAACAUUGUCACCUUUUUAGAUGGUACAAAGUCUGUGCAAAAUCAAGUGUGCUAAAAAUGUUGAGGGUGUUAGAUAGAUAGACUUUGAUUUGACGCAUGCGCCUUAGGGCUUCGAAGGCGAUUUGUGACUGAAGAAAAAAAAUAACGAAGCCCAAUUUAUACCUCGGGCAUUUCUUCGAAAGCCCGAGUAAAAAGACACUGUUUAUCUGACUUUUAAGGGGGCUUGAAAGUGUUUUCUACUUUCAUAUACACUCACAAUAGAUCCUCACAAUAAUUAACGUCCUGGAAGAAACUUUAUAUGGCCGUAAUAUGACAAGCAAGUAAACCCGAAAAACAAAUAUCAAAAAAUGACGUAAGACGUUGCUAUGACAACAUCAGAACCCUCUUAAUUUUAUGCCAACGAAUGUUUUCUCUUAGAAAAUCAAAACUGAGUAAGGUGCGGUGUAUACGGGCUACAAAAUACCACAACAUAUUGUUGUGUUGCAAGUUACAGAGCAAAUGUUGCUCGUAUUUACCAUUCCGAGAGCAACAAAUCUUUGUUGUUGCGUAGCGUAGUGUAGAGAUCUAGUGUCUUCUUCGCUCAAAAAAUAAAAAAUAUUCCUGCCAUAAUAUUAACAAAACGGUGAAUUAUUUUUGAAACGUAUCUUGUGGUAUGAUAUUGCAAUAACUCAAAUAAGAACUCGAAUUUUAUUUUGAAAACUAAUAUUAUCGAAAUCGAACUUCACGAAAAACU